GCCACACGAUAUAUUGACGCAAGAAUGGCUGUCCCACCCGACUCGAAUCCCGCAGCUCGAACCAAACCUGCCAAGUGUCCCAUAGUCUGCUGCCCCACAACCCUUUCGGAACCGGCUUUGCUGCAGCAUCUGCUGAGCGACCACAGCGACAUCAAUUCCGAAACAUUGCGUGAAGGCAAACAUUGCAAACUGCUUGUUCAGGAGGAAGCAUUUCCCCGAGGACAACCGAUUUGUUUAAAAAUCCUACUGUACGGAGGCGAAAAGCACUGCCUGCGGCCGGCCAGAUCAGGCCUGUCGCCGCGACAAAACCUGAUGCUGCAUUCGGAGCAUAGCUGUUACAAAGACCACCUGGCCGUGCUGCUGAUGGGCUGCAAAACGAAUCGAAUGGACAUGAUUGCUGAAGGGGAUGUUUCAUCGACUGUGGACAGAAAAAUUAGCCAGCUACGAGAAAGGGCUGAGAACGAUUCCGAUCCGGAGAAGGAUAUUUUUGUUCUAUGGUUGAUUGGGACUGAGACUACAUGGCCUAUUUACGGAGAUUUGACGGUUCGUAGUUCGGGCGGAACAUUUUCUCUUGGUGAUCGUGUUCAGGUUAAAGAUUUUACGAGCUUUACACAGCCUAAAUUAUUACUAUCCGAAGGUGUGGAUUAUAUUUUGAUAAUUCGUGGAGCGAUGAAUUUGUUGACCGACGGGGAUUUAAGAGGAGAUCCUGGCUAAAAUUUCGUCGUAGAAUAUUCUUACCUAAUUGUUAUAAAUAACCUACUUAUGAUUUUGAAUAAAUUUCUAUUCAGG